UUUAGUUUGCUGUUUUUAAUCUUUUACAGGUAACCUCAUUAGACAUAUGGCUAUCCAUGAUCCUGAUGCUUCAGCACAAGAAAAGGCACAAGCACUCAAGAUUGGAAGACAGAAAAGAUUACAAAUUAUAAAUGGUCAACAGGUUGAGAUGUAUACUGGUGAUGUUGAUGAUGAUGAGAUUAUGGCUGUAGAGGGACAGGAUGGAAACCAGUAUGUUGUUCUAGAGGUUAUACAGCUUCAGGAUGGUGAGGGCCAUGUCAUGAUGUCUGACGGCAUCCCUGUAACUGAUGGCACUCUUGAUGGCACGGGAGUUGGUGGUGUUUUGGGGUCUUCACCUCUAAUGGUCCCAGAAACAAUAACUGGAGAUACAAUUACUGGUGAUACUAUAGGCUCAGUAGAUGGCACCUGUUUAGUUUCAGAAUCUUCACUCUUGGAACUGCAGCACAAGAAAACGGAAAUAAAGACUGAAAUCAGUGCAGAGGCCAAGAAGGAGGCCAAGAAAGAAAUGGAAACAUGCUUUGGCUUUGAUGUAAGUGUGUACCAACUUAUCAUUUUGGAGGUAUAGCUAUUGCUUUUGUAU